UGCCUGCUCUAUUUGUCUGGCCCCAGGGACAGAGCUGAUCCUUGAACUCUGAGUUCCACAUCGCCAGGACCAGUGAGCAGCAGCAAGGCCUGGGCUGGGCUUAUCAGCCUCUGAGCCCAGCCCUGCCUGGACACAUAAAUAGGCUGGGGGAGAGCUGGCUGAUUAGACUGCUGGCCAUUGAGGUCACCCACAUCCCUUCAAGAUGAAAGCUGUGGUGCUGACCUUGGCUGUGCUCUUCCUGACGGGGAGCCAGGCUCGGCAUUUCUGGCAGCAAGAUGAGCCACAGUCGUCCUGGGAUCGGGUGAAGGAUUUUGCCACCGUGUAUGUGGAAGCAAUCAAGGAUAGUGGCAGAGACUAUGUGGCCCAAUUUGAAGCCUCCGCUUUGGGAAAACAGCUCAACCUGAAACUCCUGGACAACUGGGACACCCUGGCCAGCACGUUGUCCAAAGUGCGUGAACAGCUGGGCCCGGUGACCCAGGAGUUCUGGGACAACCUGGAGAAGGAGACAGCGUCGCUGAGGCAGGAGAUGCACAAGGACCUGGAGGAGGUGAGGCAGAAGGUGCAGCCCUACCUGGACGAGUUCCAGAAGAAGUGGCACGAGGAGGUGGAGAUCUACCGCCAGAAGGUGGCGCCGCUGGGCGAGGAGUUUCGCGAGGGCGCGCGCCAGAAGGUGCAGGAGCUGCAGGACAAGCUGAGCCCGCUGGCCCAGGAGCUCCGCGACCGCGCGCGCGCCCACGUGGAGACGCUGCGGCAGCAGCUGGCGCCCUACAGCGACGACCUGCGCCAGCGGCUGACCGCGCGCCUGGAGGCGCUCAAGGAGGGCGGCGGCAGCCUGGCGGAGUACCACGCCAAGGCCACCGAGCAGCUGAAGGCGCUGGGCGAGAAGGCCAAGCCGGCGCUGGAGGACCUCCGCCAGGGCCUGAUGCCCGUGCUGGAGAGCCUCAAGGUCAGCAUCCUGGCCGCCAUCGACGAGGCCUCCAAGAAGCUGAACGCCCAGUGAGAUGCCUCGGGCUGCCCCACGCUGGCCAUCUCUUCGGUUUCUUAGAAUAAACAUUUCCGGAGUGGAA